ACAGUAGUGAAAAAAAUAUAGACCCCGAGGACGAGCAAUUAAAAAUUGCCUUAGCACUUUCGCUAACCAUCACUGAAGAAGAUAACUCGUUACCGAAAGACAUGGCGGCAGAUAAAGGGAACGAAAUAACAACAAAAAUUAUUGAUGAUUUAUCCAAACAGAACAAAGGAAGUAUUAAUAAAGAAAUGGCUGAGUUAAAAAGUCAAUUGGUCGAAGAAAAAACAAAGAACGCAAUUCUUAGCCAGGAACUAGAAGACUUAAAAAAAGAAACCAAACAAAAAGGGUUAGAGGAAAAAAUACACAAUUACUUUACAAAAGAGUUACGGGAAGAUGGUCUUCUCUCUUAUCAGGAAGAAAAAUUAUCAUUAGUCAAGAGAAUUUUGAAAGAAAAUCAAGAAAAUAAUAUUGAGAAUACCAGUUUCCCUCCGUACUGUCCGACAAAGCUACAAGGAUUAUUACAGGAAGAAAAUCAACAAAAAGUUCUUGAUGCGGUAAAUAAUGGAUUUAAUUUGUUCCUUGACCCAGGAAGUUUCCUCAUUCUCGAUGAAUAUUUGAUGCCAAGCGGCUCUAUUGGCUACGGUAAUGUUGAAAAUUUUGCAGAAAUUUUUCAGGCUAUCAAAGGAUAUAUAUCUAAUCACAGACAUGAAUUUAAAUUAGGUGACAAUUCAUCGGAAGAAAAUGUGUGUGAUGGCUACUUAGAAGGGCAAGAGGAAAGUGGACGAGGGAGAAAUCAAGGAGUGCACGGCGUCUGCCGCACUCGUAAAAUAAUGAAGGGGAAUUUUUUUAUUCACCCGGCCGCUCUUACCGGAGCACAAUAUGAAGAGUUAAAACAACUGAUUCCGGGUGCUUGCAAA